AGACAUUAGCGCCCCCUAGUGGAUUUCUACUAACCACUGAAGUGACGAAGAGCUUUGGGCUGAGCUCCUGAGACAAGACAAACAAAAAGCUGCAAUUUCUCACCGUAGAAAAACCAGCGGGGCUUUUUAAAAGUGGCUUUAGUGUAAUUUGUGAAGGUUUUGUGGAGUGUCGACAUUUUUGGGAGAGUCUGACUCGGGACGUUAACAAGAAGCUGCGCACAACUUUUUUUGGCCCCUCCUGCUGCCAUCCUUUUGCCCGACCAGACUUUUGACUAUGCCCGGGAGCCUGGUGCUCUUCUUGCUCUUUUUCUAUCUCACAGCUGUGCGUGGGACCACCGAGGAGGGCGGCGGCAACGAUGACGUCGUGGACGCUGACGACGCACUUCGCCGAGACUACACCCAACUUCACUGGUGCCACACGCCGCGCCUCGUCAACGGCGAGCUGUCCUGCCACUCCCCCCGAGGCCGAGCGUAUCGGACCACGCAGGGCACCCGCUGCAACAUGAGCUGCGACCGAGGCUACCGCCUGAUAGGCCGGAGCUCCAUCCAGUGCCUUGCCAACCGCCGCUGGUCCGGCACCGCUGUCUGCCGCAAGAUGCGAUGCAGCGUGUUGCCGCUCAUUCCGCACGGCAGAUACACGUGCACUCAGGGUUUCGUGGCGGACUCCAGGUGCGACUUCACCUGCACGCCCGGCCGCCGCAUCGAGGGGGAGCACAGCCGCACGUGCCGGCAUGGCGGGACGUGGAGCGGCGUGCAGCCCAUUUGUUCAGAUACAGAACCUCCCAAAAUGAGGUGUCCGAGAUCCAGAAUCAAGGUAGCGGAGCCUGCAAAACUGACUGCCAGAGUGACUUGGGACGCACCGGUGGCCACAGACACAGCCGAUAAAAUACUCGACGUGAUCCUCGUGGGCCAGGAGCCCGGCACUGACUUUAAGGAGGGCGCCAACAUCAUCCGCUACAAAGUCUACGAUCAAGCCAGAAACAGAGCUGCCUGCAAGUUUAUCAUUCGGGUCGAAGUGAGGAGAUGCCCCGCCCUGCACCCCCCGAUGCACGGCUCGCUCGCCUGCUCCUCCGACGUCACCAACUACGGCGCCGCGUGCGUCUACCUCUGCGACGGCGGGUACGAGCGCAGGGGCGUGUCCAGUCGGGUUUGCCAGUUGGACGGCAGCUGGAGCGACGGCCCUGCGGAGUGCGCGCCCAUGGCGAUCGAGUCGGAUGUGAAAACGGCGUCGGCUCUGCUGCGUCAGUUUUUCCAGAAGAGGCGCCUUCUCAUCCUGUCCGCGCCCGACAUCACCGACCCGGAGUACCAGCUACAGAACGUCAUGUUACAAAAAGCAGACUGCGGAUUACAACUGCGCCACGUGACGCUCAUCGAGCUGCUGGGCUCGUCGCCGGGCGAGACGGGACGUAUCAAGGAGAACAACCUGACCUCGGCGGUCAUCGACGAGUUGAGGCUCACAUUCCGAAUCUCCCGGCAGUACUUCAGCAUGGUUCUGGUGGACAAGCUGGGGCUGGAUCGGGAGCGCUUCAUCAACCCCCUGGCGUCGGAGGAGCUCUUCUCCUACAUCGACAGUUUCGUGCUGGACGAAGACGAGCGGGAGAAGCUCGAGCUCCACAGGGACUUGUGUGAUUCCUAAAGUCAGGAAAUAGAGAGAGAGACUGACCAAGUGACAUGCUCAUCGGGGUCGUGAAAAUGAAAAGCAACGUGACAAGAGUUCCCAAUGAUGACACGCUGUCAAAAGGCAAAGUCAAGUUGGAGCGGCCACGUCAACCCAAGUACGACGUAGCAAAGAUUUAGAAAAUCAGAUCCCGGUGUCCUCAUUUGCCCUUCUUCUUCUUCCUCAUGGUGGUACGCAAGGGAAGAGUGCCCUCUGCCCAUGAGUCGGGGUACUGCAUCAUCUUCUGCCACAGGCUGACCUCUUCUCCAACCGAAUCCAUCCCAACUUCAUCGUUUCCCAUUUUGACGCUGCCUGAAGGGGGAAAGGGGUGGCAGGUUGUUAAAUUGUCGUGAAAAGGACAUUUUACGAGCACAAAAAAAUACAUUCAUGGUUCAAACA